CACACCACACACUUCAUAUGAUAUAUAUAUUACCCAACAGCUACCAUGUAUAAUGGACUCCAAAAAUUAAAAAGAAAGACCAAGAAGCCAAAAUGUCAAGAUGCUAAGAACUCUUGUGGUCUAACACACCACUUGGUUAAGAUCAAUUUUCUUACUUUUUGCUCUAGUUUUCUUGACAAAAGAUGCAGCCGAUCUUCCAUGCGAUCCUUCAAAAUGACCUUCCAGCUUUUCUUGGUUUGGUGGAAGAGAGAGAAUCUUCACUGGAGGAGAGAAGCGAGGAACAAAACACGGACAACACGGUUCUGCACAUGGCUGCGAAGCUUGGUCACCGAGAACUCGUCUCCAAGAUUAUUGAGCUCCGACCGUCCCUCCUCUGUUCCCGCAACGCACACGGAGACACACCUUUGCAUCUUGCUGCUCUUCUUGGAGACGUAUACAUAGUUACGCAGAUGUUAGACACUGGACUGGAACUGUGUUCUGCACGCAACAACAAAAACCAAACACCUCUCCACUUAGCUUGCCUUAGCAUUUUCAUGGUGGCUGGUAGACUCAUCGUGGAAAAGACGUAUUCAGUCGACCUCGAUGAACUCAAUUUCGCCAUAUCAAGUGGAGCUAUUUGUAUUGUUGGGUUUAUACUGGAGAGAUUUCCAGAGCUAGCUAGGAAAAGAGCUUGGUUGGUCGAAGGCGGCUUGCCAUCAACGCUACUUCAUCAUGCGUGUGACAAAGGGAACCUUGAACUGAUAAGUAUAUUGUUAGGUGUCGAUCAAAGACUAGGAGAAGCUCUUAACGACGAAGGUUUAUCACCUCUGCAUCUGGCAGUCCGAAGGGACUCGGUUGUAACCCUAGAGGAGUUCGUGGAAAAGGCGCCAAAGUGUUUUGGCGUUCUCACGCGGUCAAAAGAGACAGUCUUUCAUCUCGCUGCACGACACAAAACUAUAGAUUGCUUUGUUUUCAUGGCGGAGAGUGUGGGCAUCAACAGCCAAAUUCUUUUGAGGAAAAAAGAUCAACAUGACAACACUGUCUUACAUAUUGCUGCUUCCGUGGCUUGUUGCGCUCCACUUAUACGUUACAUAGUUGAUAAGAAGAUAGUAAAUAUCAGAGAUAGGAACAAAAUGGGCUAUCGAGCUUCUGACCUUGUCCCUCUAGAAGCCAGAGACGUUGAGUUCAUAUCAAGCUGCCUGAGGUGUGACGACACCAAGACUUCAGAAGAACUGGAGUACUCUAAGAAGGCUGAGAACAAUCACGAUUACAGAGGCCACUCUAAUUAUCCAGUAGAUAAUACUCAUAGACGCUCUCAUGAAAGGGAUGUUAUACGGUUGCUUGAGCUAAUCGGAAUAAGCACAUCAGAGACAGAGAAAAAAAAGAAAAGCAAGAGACAUGAGAAUAAAAGGGGUCGUAAGAGCUUGGAACAUGAGAUGCAUAUAGAAGCAUUACAAAAUGCAAGAAACACGAUUGCCAUAGUGGCGGUCCUGACUGCUUCGGUUUCUUAUGCCGGUGGGAUAAACCCUCCGGGAGGCGUCUACCAAGAUGGGCCAUGGAAAGGGAAGUCAACUGUAGGCAAUACGGCAGCGUUUAAAGUCUUUGCAAUAUGUAACAACAUGGCACUGUUCAUGUCGUUGAGCAUUGUUAUUCUUCUCGUUAGCAUCAUACCUUACCAGAGGAAACCCUUGAAGAAAUUACUAGUGGCCACGCACAGGAUGAUGUGGGUUUCUGUAGGGUUCAUGGCAACGGCUUAUGUUGCGGCGUCUUGGGUGACCAUACCUCAUUUCCCUGGAUCACGAUGGUUGUUUCCGGCUAUUGUCUCCAUUGCUGGGGGAUCAUUGACGGUACUCUUUUCCUAUCUAGGAGUUGAGACGAUCAGUCAUUGGUUCAAGAAGAUGCAUCGCCUAGGAGGAGGACGACUAUCGGUUUGUUUUAUCAAGAAAACCCGUGUCAGAGAUAUACCUCCCAUUUCAAGGGCCAGUUCAGAUCAUACAGUGCCUUCCCUUGCAAGGACCAACUCAGACUUUGCCGCCUCCGAAGGAUCCGGCUACUUCACCUAUUGAAUCUUUUGGAUUUAAAUGUCUAGGGGACGUAAACAAUUUUAAGAGUGAAAGUCCAAAGAAUAUUGUCAUAUAUAAACGAUGUUUUAAAUGACUAGUGUUAAUCUUUUUGCUU